UGUACGUGAAACAAAAAGCUCGGAAUCGAUCAAAGAAAAGCUUUCCUUUUUAUUAUUUCCUUCGUUCCGAAGUUUGAAAGAAGUUGAAACGAACGACUCCAAUUCCAAAAGAAUAAAUUUAAUCGAAUAACUCUUAUUUAAUUCCUAUUCUGUGGCCGUGUUUUUCCUGAAAUACGCGGAGAAUCUCAAUUAGGUUAUACGAAUUAGCUGUUUUCCGGUGGGAAGGGUUAGAUCCCGGUGAGAAAUCGAGUAUGAAGAUCACCGCGUUGUUGGUGUUGAGAGUCUUUCCGGACGGGUCUAAGGAGCCGGUGAUUUUGUCCAACGCAUCCGACGUUAGCCAAUUCGGGUAUUUCCAGAGAUCCACCGUUAAGGAAUUCAUCGUCUUCUUUGGUCGGACCUUCGCCGGUCGGACCCCGCCUGGCCAGCGUCAGUCCGUCCAGGAGCAAGAGUACAUGGUGCAUGCUUACAAUCGAAAUGGCUUGUGUGCGUUGGGAUAUAUGGAUGAUCACUAUCCAGUUCGAAGUGCAUUUUCCCUAUUAAAUCAGGUCUUAGAUGAGUACCAAAAAGUGUUUGGUGAUUCGUGGAAAUCUGCACAAGCUGAUAAUACUCAACCAUGGCCUUAUCUUACUGAGGCCCUUGCCAAGUUCCAGGACCCUGCUGAAGCUGACAAACUGUUGAGAAUUCAGAGGGAAUUGGAUGAGACCAAAAUCAUUCUUGUAAGCUUCCUGUUCGAACUUGAUAAUUCCUUUUUAGUAGAUGUCAUGUCUUGUGGUUUGAGGAUUUGGUUUGUAUGCCGAUAUGUACAAAGUUCAUUGGUUAGCUUGGAUAUCAUAUCAUUUCUUAUGUGCUUUGCCUGUUGAUCGACUGAUUUGGGAGUGAAGAAUUACUGUAGUCUUUUGGGUCUUCUAUGCUCUAGUGGGUAUUAGAUUUUACCCUUCUAUCUCUGGAGAUUUGUACCUGAUUCAUGUUUGCUCUGUUCUUUAUGGUAGUCUAUUGGAUCCUUAUUCAGUGGCAUCAUUCUUGGCGAUGGUUUCGAUACUUAUUGACAAUUAUCAUGCAUUACUAAACUUCAAAUAAUUUUCCUUGUUAUUGUCUGGCAUUUCAAAUUACUCAACAGUUGUCAAUUUCUUUCUGGCUCGUGUUUGGAACUUCAUCUGUGAAUGUCUCUAGGUGUUUGAUGAAUUACUGUAGUCUUUUGGGUCUUCUAUGCUCUAGUGGGUAUUAGAUUUUACCCUUCUAUCUCUGGAGAUUUGUACCCGAUUCAUGUUUGCUCUGUUCUUUAUGGUAGUCUAUUGGAUCCUUAUUCAGUGGCAUCAUUCUUGGCGAUGGUUUCGUUACUUAUUGAUAAUUAUCAUGCAUUACUAAACUUCAAAUAAUUUUCCUUGUUAUUGUCUGGCAUCUCAAAUUACUCAACAGUUGUCAAUUUCUUUCUGGCUCGUGUUUGGAACUUCAUCUGUGAAUGACUCUAGGUGUUUGAUGAAUUAAUGUAUAUUUAGGGAAUGUCUUCACUGGGUUCAAUGUGAAACAAGUAGACCAAUCAAGUUACUAAAAGUUCCCCCUCCUCCCUGCCUUGAGAUGUUGAGAUCUACCGAAGACAGUUGCAUUUCCAGUGUUAUAGGCUUGAUUAUUAAUAAAUACUAAUCAUGAAUCCACAUCUAUCUUAUAUCGUCAUACAAAGGUUGUUCACAUUCUCUUCUGGGUUGAAGGUGUUUAUUCUGGUUAUAUUGACUGAACUGUUUUCCUGAGCAUUUUUGUGAAUGGUUUGCAGACUUAAUCCUUUUGGUUCCUUUUUUUUCAACCUCACUCUACCCUUUGGUAUCUCAUAUCUUUCCUUCCUUUGAUGCAGCACAAGACCAUUGACAGUGUUCUUGCCCGAGGUGAGAAGCUGGACAGUUUGGUUGAGAAGAGUUCAGAUCUUAGUACAGCUUCACAGGUAAGUUAUGCAUUGAUGAACUUCCCAUUGGCGAAAUUAGUUAGCUAGUCUGAAUGGAAUGGUUUUUGUUGUUAUGAACUUAUGAAUUAUGUUUCAUAAUGCUUUUAAGUUGUUUCAAGUUUUGGUUCUGAUAACUUUUUUUCUUCUGGAUAGAUGGAACUGACAAAAACUUGAAAAACAUAUCUUUACAUGUGUCCGAAUUUGUGUAAUAGUCCCUUGGAAAUCUUGCAUCUAUUGCUUUUGAAUGUGGCCUCAAUCUGGAUAAGUUUUUGUUGAGGUGUUUUUCGAAAGAAGGCCAAUGGUUUUAGGUGAGGGAAGGGUUGGAGGAAUAGGUGCUACUUUUAUGCGAAGCUUGUGUUUGAUGUGAAUGAAUAAAUAAGGGGGGUAGGGAAUGCUGCAAUUUGUUUGAGAUUCAAAGCAACCUUUUGAGUAGAUGAAUAAUGCAGUAUUUCCGUGCCAUUAUCUUUUCUUGUUCUAACGUAGUUAAAUUGGUCGUUAGUUGAUCCUUACUUCUCUGAUCAUUGCUAGAGAUUUCAGCAUCUUUUUUAUAUUUCGCCUCCUGGAACAUUAGCUUACUCUUGGAUUGUUGCAACAGAUGUUUUACAAGCAGGCAAAGAAAACCAAUCAAUGUUGUACCAUACUGUAAAUUUUCUGGUGCAAAUUGGAGCUGUUGAUCUGUGGAUUUGAUGGGUACCUGAUGUCUAUGGAUCUACUAGAAUACAAUAUUUGGAACUUCGUUUAUCGGAUUUUGAAUUUCAUUUGUUGAAUUGGAUAACUUAAGAGACCUAUGGCAGGUGUCUUCUUUUGUAAUUGUGACAACUGUGUAUUAUGUUUGAUCUAUUUGAAUGUUCACAGCCGCGUUAAUUCUGUUGUUUGAUGUACAUAAUUAACUAUUUGUCCUAAUGAUAUUGGUCGUCUUAAAAUCUGCGGGUGUGAAAUGAAGUUUUCUUAUUUCUGGUGAUGGUAAACACUUGUUUAUUUUUUUGGUUAAUAAGAUGGUACAAUUCUAU